GACAAUACUCUCUUCAUCAACCGGCUCGUUUUCAUGAACCGGACAACACGGCGUCUCUGCUGUCAUUCUGUGUGUAGAUCGGAAGUCUGAUCGGAACAGAACCAGAAAGAAGCCCCCAUAUUGUAAAGGAUGUUCACGCAAUUCGGUGCGACCGCAGAGACGCUGAGCAAGGCGUCGACCAUGAUGUUUCGGAUCGGUACGGAUGCACACCUCUACGACGAUCCCGAGGACGCCAAUAUUCCCCCUCUCCUUGACAGCAAAUUCGACUCCGAGAAAUGCGAAGCUCUCAAGCGAUUGCUCGCUCUCAUUGCCCAGGGUUUCGACGUUUCCAAUUUCUUCCCUCAGGUUGUGAAGAAUGUGGCAUCUCAGUCACUGGAAGUAAAGAAGCUGGUUUACUUGUACCUGUUGCAUUAUGCUGAAAGGCGUCCAAAUGAAGCAUUGCUAUCGAUUAAUUAUUUCCAGAAGGACUUGGGAGAUCCAAAUCCUUUGGUGCGAGCAUGGGCUCUCCGUGCCAUGGCAGGGAUCCGUUUACAUGCUAUUGCACCUCUAGUUCUGGUUGCUGUGGGGAAAUGUGCUAGAGAUCCAUCUGUGUAUGUUAGAAAAUGUGCUGCCAAUGCCCUCCCCAAGUUGCACGACCUACGCCUGGAAGAGGAGACUACAGCAAUUGAAGAGAUUGUUGGAAUAUUGUUAAAUGACAAUUCGCCUGGAGUAGUUGGGGCUGCUGCUGCUGCAUUUUCCGUAGUUUGCCCAGAUAAUCUGCCUCUGAUUGGAAGAAAUUAUAGAAGAUUAUGUGAGACUCUUCCUGAUGUGGAAGAGUGGGGUCAGAUUGUCUUAACUGAUAUCCUUUUGCGGUAUUUAAUUGCAAGACAUGGGCUUGUGAAGGAAUCCAUUAUGAUAUCUUCUUGUGCUACUGAUGGUUCCCAAUCUGAACAUGAUGGUUCAGAGACUAAUUUUGAAUUAAAAGAGAACACUUGCAACAAAGGGACUAGGGAUUAUGAGCCUGGGUUAGCAGAAAUGGUCACCAGCAGUUAUCUUGAAGGACCAGAGAAAUAUUUAUCACGGUCAGGUCAUGCAGAUAGGGGCUCCCUUGGAUUGGAUUUUUCAUGUUUUACAUCUGCUGAAAGCAAUCAUGACAUGAAGAUCCUGCUGCAGUGCACAUCACCUUUGUUAUGGAGUCACAACAGCGCAGUGGUACUUGCUGCUGCAGGAGUGCACUGGAUUAUGGCACCAAGGAAGGAUGUCCAAAAAAUUGUCAAACCACUUUUGUUUGUGCUGAGAUCAUCUAAUGCCUCUAAAUAUGUGGUCCUCUGCAACAUUCAAGUGUUUGCUAAAGCAAUGCCUCAUCUUUUUGCGCCAUAUUUUGAGGAAUUCUUUGUAUGUUCUUCAGAUCCAUACCAAAUGAAAGCUCUGAAACUUGAAAUACUCUCUUCAAUUGCUACUGAUUCAUCAAUCUCAGUGAUUUUCCAAGAGUUCCAGGAUUACGUCAGAGAUCCAGACAGAAGGUUUGCUGCUGAUACUGUUGCUGCAAUUGGCUUGUGUGCACGGCAACUUCCAAAAGUAGCAAAUAUGUGCUUGGAAGGGCUACUGGCUCUGAUUGGACAGGAAUCUUUGAAUGGUGACAUUCAAUCUGUUGAUGGAGGAGCUGUUGUUUUAGUUCAAGCACUAAUUUCUGUUAGAGAAAUCAUAAAUCUUGAUCCUCCAAGUCAUGAAAAGGUGAUCAUUCAAUUAGUUCGAAGUUUGGAGUUGAUCAAGGUGCCUGCUGCCCGUGCAAUGGUAAUUUGGAUGGUGGGCGAGUACAGUACCAUUGGGCAUAUUAUCCCAAGGAUGUUACCCACAGUACUCAAGUAUCUAGCUUGGUGUUUUACUUCUGAAGCACUGGAAUCAAAGCUCCAGAUUCUUAAUACUGCUGUCAAAGUCCUGAUACGUGCAAAAGGUGAAGAUAUGUGGACAUUCAUAAGAAUAUCAAACUACAUUCUUAAGCUUGCCAAAUGUGACAUGAACUACGAUGUCCGAGACCGAGCUCGUGCUCUCAUGAAACUUCUAUCAUGCUAUGUAGGUUCCAGUGAUCUGGAGGAAGAUGCAAAAGUUCUACCAGGAAAUAAUGACCUGCAACCUACAGUUGCAGUCUUCUUUUUUAGGGGACAGACGAAACCAUUACCUGAAUCCAUAAAUUAUCGAUUUUAUCUUCCUGGGUCCCUUUCGCAGAUGGUUCUUCAUGCAGCCCCAGGGUACGAACCUCUCCCAGACCCUUGUAGUUUGAAUCAUAUCUCCAAUGAUGCUCAAGCAAUAAAAGAUUCAAGUUCAGACACAUCUGGUUCUUCUGAUGAGGAAAGCACUUCUAAUUAUAGUUCUCAAGGUUCUAGUAGUGGUGUUGGCGAGGAGAGUGGUUCUGUAAUUGAAAGUGAUGAUACUGUUGAUCCAUUGAUUCAUGUUUCAGAUGUCAGUAAUGCAUGUAUAGAUCAAAAUGAAGGUUCCCAGCAAAGCAGUGCUCAUUCUAGAUCUGAUGACUUUGGUGAAUUGAUGUCCAAGAAAGCUCUUGACUCAUGGUUAGACGAGCACCCCGGCCAAAAUUUAUCUGAAGGAAGCCAUGUCCUUAGGUCUUCAGCAAGAAUAUCCAUCGGGGAUAUCAGUGGCAAAGUGAAACUUAAGUCCCAUACUCUCUUAGAUCCUGUCAUUGGAAAUGGAUUGAGUGUGCAUUAUACUUUUUCAUCUGAGAUUUCAAGUGUAUCCAGGCUGCUUGUAUGUGUUGAAGUUUCCUUCAAAAAUUGUUCCAUGGAGCCUAUGUCAAAAUUGUUAUUGCUAGCUGAGGAAACUAGCAGAGGCCUAGAUUCUGCAGAACAAGCAUUGGCAACAUCCGAGAGUUCUGUGACAUCUCACAAGGAUAUGCCAACACUGGUUCCUAUGGAAGAGAUUGAUUCCCUUGAUCCCGGUCAGACAAUUAAAAGAACCCUACAAGUUCGGUUCCAUCACCAUCUUUUAUCAUUGAAGCUAGUCUUGUGGUGCAACGGCAACAAGUACCCAGUUAAGUUGCGGCCUGACAUAGGAUAUUUUGUAAAACCUCUUCCAAUGGAUAUCAAACUGUUCACAAGCAAGGAAUCUCAACUCCCCGGAAUGUUUGAAUACACAAGGAGUUGUAAUUUCGUUGACCAUAUUCGGGAGCUGAAAGAUGAAAAGAGUGAGAGGGCAUUAGUAAAAGACAAAUUUCUGGUGAUUUGCGAGAGCCUAGCAUUGAAGAUGCUGAGUAAUGCAAAUCUUUUUCUCGUGUCUGUGGACAUGCCAGUUGCUUCCAACCUUGAUGAUGCGUCAGGUCUACGCCUACGGUUCAGCAGUGAGAUACAGAGCAGUUCAAUCGUCUGCUUAAUCACUGUUACUGUGGCGGGUAACUGUUCCGAGCCACUAACAGCGACCGUGAAAGUCAACUGUGAAGAAACUGUUUUUGGCUUAAAUCUCUUGAAUAGAAUUGUGAAUUUCUUAGCGGAGCCCGUUCCAACAGACGACGACUCCUGAAUGUGGAAGGGGGGAUGAGCCAUGAGCCAUGAGCUUGUUUUAAUUAUCAGUUGGGGACUGGAAAUGUGAUGUAAUUGGUGGUGUAUCAGUAUGUGUGUUAUAUGGUAGGUUUUUCUUCUUGGCUUUUGGCAUAGUAAUAAUAAUAAUAAUAACAGAGUUCCUUUAGGAUGUGUUAAUGAGUUAGCCGGCUUGCUUGCGACUUGCGCAAAGAGUGUUGUAUAUUAGGCCCAACUCCCAAGUUGAGUUUUUAACAUGACCUUGGUAACAGCUACAAAGUUAUUAAUUCGUAGUUUUCCAAA